AUGGAAGGAAGGAAAGUAAAAAAGGGAAACUUGCUCACCGCAGGACGGGAGGAGGAGCAAGGAUGGCAGGAGAAGCUCGUGCGGGCCGUGGGUCACACCCUAAGUUACCUGCGGCUGGUGGAUGACGUCACUCCCAAUCGCCGGCCGACGGAAAUAAAAGGGCCGGCAGCGAGAAGGAACGGGGUGUGCAUGUGGCUGCCGAGAGUGAGCCUGGCCAGUGGAGUCAGAUGGAGACGCGGCACGCCAGAGGUGACUGCCCACACCGACCACGGGGGAGCGAAGGAACCCGAGGGCGAGCCAGCACCCGAGGCCAGCACGACAGCUAUAGGCGAGCCGGGAGAGGAAGCGAGAAAACCAGGAUCCACAUUCAUCAGUCACCAUAGAUUCUUAGUUCAGGACCUUUCGCUAGUGCUCCUUCCAGCAGUUUUUGAUGGACUCGCUGUCUUUGAGGAGUGUACUGCAAUCUUCAGAUCUAAGUGGGAUAAGUCUGCACAGAUUUGCUCCCCGCCGCCCGGCCGCCCCCGGGCCCCGCAAGGUAAAAGAGGAGUAAACUUCUUGGAACCAGUUCUAACAGAAGCUACUGCAAAUAUGACAUUAGUGUCUCAAAAUGAGCCAGAAGUUAUCAUCGUUGGUUCAGGUGUACUUGGUUCUGCUUUGGCUGCAGUUUUGUCAAGAGAUGGAAGAAAGGUGACAGUAAUAGAGAGGGAUUUGAAGGAACCUGACAGGAUAGUUGGAGAAUUGUUACAACCAGGGGGCUAUAAUGCUCUUAUGGACCUGGGUCUUGAAGAUACGGUGGAAGGUCUUGAUGCUUAUGUAGUACAUGGUUACGUAAUUCAUGAUCGAGAGAGUAAAACGGAGGUUGAAAUUCCUUAUCCAAAGUCAACAGAUGGUCAGGUGCAAAGUGGAAGAGCAUUUCAUCAUGGGCGGUUCAUCAUGGCUCUCCGAAAGGCAGCCCUGGCAGAACCCAACACCCAUUUCAUUGAAGGGACUGUAUUGCAAUUACUUGAGGAAGAUGAUUGCGUGAUGGGUGUUCAGUACAAGGAUAAAGAAACCGGAGAUACUAAGGAACUCCAUGCACCUCUGACAAUUGUUGCUGAUGGACUUUUCUCCAAAUUUAGGAAAAAUCUGAUUUCCAAUAAAGUUACUGUCUCAUCUCAUUUUAUUGGCUGUAUAUUGAAGGAUGCACCACAGUUUAAAGCGAAUCACGCUGAACUUGUUUUAGCUAAUCCUAGUCCAGUACUAGUCUACCAGAUUUCUUCAAAUGAGACUCGAGUGCUUGUUGACAUUCGAGGAGAAAUGCCAAAAAAUAUCAGAGAGUACAUGAUUGAGAAAAUACUUCCACAGCUACCUGAACAUUUAAAAGAACCGUUCCUAAUAGCUGUUCAGAAUGAUCGUUUGAGGACCAUGCCAGCAAGCUUCCUACCUCCUUCGCCAGUCAACAAAAGAGGUGUUCUCCUUUUGGGAGAUGCAUAUAAUAUGAGGCACCCUCUAACAGGUGGAGGAAUGAGUGUUAUUCUGAAUGACAUUAAAAUAUGGAGAAGCUUGCUUCAGGACAUUCCAGACCUUUAUGAAGAUUCUGCUGUUCUGCAGGCAAAAAAUGCAUUUUACUGGUCAAGAAAAAGGUCUCAUUCUUUUGUAGUGAAUGUUCUUGCUCAGGCCCUUUAUGAACUGUUUGCUGCUACAGAUGAUUCUCUACAUCAACUCAGGAAAGCCUGUUUCCAUUACUUCAGACUUGGUGGAGAGUGUGUCUCUGGUCCAGUUGGAUUGCUGUCUGUGUUAUCUCCUAAACCAAUGGUGUUGAUUGGCCACUUCUUUGCUGUUGCUCUGUAUGCUGUUUAUUUUUGCUUUAAGUCAGAAUCCUGGAUCACCAAGCCACGGGCAUUUUUCAGUGGUGGAGCUGUACUUUACCGGGCUUGCUGUGUACUUUUUCCACUUGUUUACUCGGAAAUGAAGUACUUAGCCUACUAAAUUUUAAAUGACUGGAGAAAGAAUACAUUUUUAGGGGAAAAUGAAUGGAGAAACUCACCAAGCCUUUUAAAAUCUUUUGGACAUGUACUGUUCAGUACUGUUUUAUAUUCUCUUCUUUAAAACACAGCCCUUUUGUUCAGGAUUUGACUUAAUUUUAUUCCUGUGGGUGAAUGUACAUAUAAAUAUGUAAAUAUGUUUUCCUUUACAGUUUAAGUUAAAAAAAUCAGUUAGCCAUGAGUAACUAUCAACCUAUGGUAGAUACGUGCGAGUUCUGGCAGAGAGCAGUUGCCUCACUUUAUUCAUUGCAUGGAAUGAGCCAUUAAUGUUGAUAAUAUUAAUAAAUUGAAGAGUGAACAACUUAAA